ACUCCCUUACACCAUGUUUCGCGUCUCGGACAUGUCGAUUGUGCCGAUUUACUCAUUGAACAUGGAGCACAAGUAAAUAGUUCUGACUUUCGACAAAAGACUCCGCUACAUCAUGCAGCAGACAACAACCAAACAGAUAUAGCUAAUACCUUGAUCCGACACGGGGCAGACGUCAAGGUCCAAGAUGAAGAUGGACUGAAUCCU